GCUGCAGUCACAUGACACACUGAGUGUCUCACUUCCUCAAACUCUCUCAGUUCAUUCCACCGUGUGUGCUGCAGCUCGCCACUCGAAACCCACGACUGCUUGACUCCGGGUUUCCAGGCUUCCAGACUGCGGGUUUGGUCUGGGUUUGGCCUCAUGGCGAGCUCGCGGGUCGGUCAGUGGAGGUCCAGCGCGCGGGUGGUGUCCACCUGUCUACUCGCCGCGCUUCUCACCUGCACGCUCAGGUGUUCAGAAUGCGUCAAACUGAGCAACAUCAUCCUCAUUCUCACCGACGACCAGGACGUGGAGAUGGGGGGAAUGACACCCAUGAAGAAGACCAAAGAACUGAUCGGUGAUGCUGGUGUAACUUUCUCCAAUGCUUUCACUGCCACCCCUCUGUGCUGUCCCAGUCGCAGCAGCAUCCUCACUGGUAAAUAUCCACACAAUCAUUUGGUCCGAAAUAACUCAAUUUCUGGCAACUGCAGCAGCACGGCGUGGCAGAAGGAGGCCGAGCCCUUUGCCUUUCCGGUUUACCUCAAUAAGAUGCGCUACCAGACCUUCUAUGGUGGGAAAUACCUGAAUCAGUAUGGAAGUAAAGACGCGGGCGGUGUGGGUCAUGUGCCUCCUGGCUGGGACCAAUGGCACGCACUGGUGGGAAACUCUAAAUAUUACAAUUACACACUGUCUGUAAAUGGAAAAGAGGAAAAUCAUGGAGACAACUAUGAGAAGGACUAUCUCACAGACCUGGUUUUGAACCGGUCGCUGCAUUUCCUGGAGGAGCGGAGCCCCAAUCACCCGUUCUUCAUGAUGUUGUGUCCGCCGUCUCCUCACUCGCCGUGGACGGCUGCCCCUCAGUAUCAGCAGUCCUUCAGCGACGUCAAAGCACCACGUGACGGCAGCUUCAACAUGCCUGGAAAGGAUAAACAUUGGUUACUGCGGCAGCCUGCAAAUCCAAUGCCAAACAGCUCCAUUGAGUACCUUGAUAACGCUUACCGCAGGAGGUGGCAGACGCUUCUGUCAGUGGACGACAUGGUGGAGCAGCUGAUUAAGAAACUGGAUUCAAUAAAGGAGUUGAACAACACAUACAUCUUCUACACGUCUGAUCACGGCUAUCACACCGGCCAGUUCUCAUUGCCCAUUGACAAGAGACAGCUUUAUGAGUUUGAUAUUCGCAUCCCUCUCUUGGUUCGGGGUCCAGGAAUCAAACCUAAACAAGCACUUCAGUCUCCAGUGCUGAAUAUAGAUCUUUCUAUGACUAUCCUGGACAUCGCAGGAGUAAACCUCUCCACCGUCAACAUGGACGGACAGUCUUUCCUGCCACAGAUGGCACCAUCGUUGCGUAACGGCACCGAACGGCCCUUCUUUCUGAUUGAGUACACCGGUGAGGGGAAUUCCUCUGAAGAUCCCAGCUGCCCUAAACUCGGUCCUGGACUAGCUGAAUGCUUCCCAGACUGCGUAUGUGAAGAUGCCUUCAACAACACAUACGCCUGCGUCAGAACUCUGAAGGAUGCAAACCUGCAGUACUGCGAGUUCGCAGACAACGAGUCAUUCGUAGAGGUCUACAACCUGACGUCAGAUCCCCAUCAGCUGGAGAACAUCGUGAAGAAGGUCGAUCCUGCGCUUCUGCAGAUCAUGAACCAAAGGCUGAUCAAGCUGGAGUCCUGCACAGGCGACAGCUGUCGAAACGUCAAAUAAAACCAUGCCAGAGGGCGGGCCGGAC